UAAAAUAUUGGUAUUUACUUGCCUUUUCUCUCCUAGAUACCCCCGGGCCCCAGCUCGAACGCAAUGACGAGUAACCUUCAAACUCCAGCCCUGCAUGCAGGCACCAUUCCUUUUUCUCGGCCUCCGACUCCUGGAGUACACCCUCUCCAAAUCGGCUUCUGUGGUCUUGGAGCCAUGGGCUAUCUCAUGGCCCGAAAUCUGGCCAAUUCCUUUAACUCUCAACUGCCUCUCAUCGUUUACAACAGGACUGCCGAAAAGUCUCAGAAGCUCCUUGCAGAACUUGGCGCAUCCGCCAUCAAAGUCGUUAACACUCUCGACCAGCUGGCUACGGAGUGCGAUGUCAUCUUCACCUGUCUCGCGAAUGAUGCUGUGGUAAUCAGUGUCUAUAAUGAGUUUGCAAAGGCUCUUGCCCAAUCACCCCCAACCAAGGUCAAGAUCUUUGUUGAAAUGGGCACGAAUUAUCCUGCGCUAGCUGGCGAUCUUGAUAGGAUGCUGUCGAGCUUUCCUCAUACCCGCUUUAUCACUUCACCUAUCUUUGGGGCUCCCCCGGCGGCAGAUAAGGCCACACUUGUUAUUGCCAUGAGCGGAGACUACCGGUCGAAGAAGGAAGUUGCCUUUCUCCUUGUUCCUGCAGUGGGCCGCAAGGUGAUCGACCUCGGAGAGAAUGUAGAAAAAGCUUCGACGUUGAAGUUGAUCGGUAAUGGUAAUCUCGCCGCUAUCCUGGAGCUUCUUGGCGAAACCCUGACACUCGGAGAAAAAUCUGGCAUUGGGCAGGAGACUGUAUACGAUCUGAUCACAGGUGAACCUUUGCCGGCUUCUGCCGUACUACAAUGGGAAGCUGACGAUUCGCGUUCAGAAAUCAUGCCAGCACCAGCGAUAAUAUCAUAUGGCAAGAAGAUGAUCAAUGACUCGUUUGAUGGUUCCGUAGGCUUUAAUAUGGAUGGCGGAAUUAAAGACUCUUCUCACGUCCUUCGCCUGUCCGCGGAGCUGAAUUGCCCGAUGCCCGCAGUUAGUAACGCACAUCGGAGCAUGAUUACUACUCGGGCCAUACACCAAGCACAAGUCGUCUCGGGGACACAGAAGUGGGACAUCGUAGACGAGAGCGCAUUGAUUGCGAGCAGCCGAGUUGCGGCUGGAUUGGAUCCAUUUAACAGCAAGAAGGGAACAGCAGUUGUACGAGAAGAAUAA